AUGGAGGACACCUCCGAGAUGGAUCUGGACAGGGCGUACGACCACUCGACGCCCGCCCACGACAACACCAACCAGACCACCAGCACUGCUGAAGAUGGCUCUCCCAUGAAUUGGACUCCUACUCUCCCUACCCAAACUUCCAUCCGCGGUCAAGGCGAACAGCCUCCGGCAUCACAGCCCAGCAUCAAUCAGAUCUUCCGCUCGACUCUUCACAACAACAACUCGCACACCCACUCCACCUACAAUUCUUCGCGGUUCAACAACACUGCCCGCCUUAACCAUUCGGCCCGCAUCAACAACUCGUCCCGCAUCAACAACUCAUCCCGCAUCAACAACUCAUCCCGCAUCAACAACUCGUCCCGCUCCAAACACUCAUCCCGCUUCAACAACUCGUCCCGCUCCAACCCCCAUAUCUCUUCCGGCUACCACAAUGUUCCACCUCCUCGCGCACUCAGGACGAGCUACAAGACCUUUGUUCUCAAGCAAGAAAGCGGCGGAGCUCCUGCGGGACAGUCUCUGGCCAUCAAGUCCACAGCGAAGCAGCGCAUGACGGUAGACCAAUAUCAGCAAUCCCGGUUCAAGAAGAAGCUCGAAGAGAGCGCUCGGCGCGCAAAGAUAGCAGACAAGAAUGCUCGCGAAAACCUCGCGUCCGUCUUGCCGCGCAAGCGCUCCAGCACCGACAAUGACGAGGGUCGCCGCGAUAAAGAUGCUAAGGUCCCGGCUAGGAGCUUUGAAGACCUGCCCGACAUGCCUGAGUCAGAAGUCUCCUCUUUCUCGCAGAGUCAGAGUGGCGCUGGCCUCUUCCUUACCAAGGUUCAAGACCGCUUCCGUGCCAUCAUCCGCGCAAUCGUGCGCGCAGAUGAAGAAAUUGAGGAGAUCGUCUGGCUUCCCACUGGAUCCGAAUCCAACAAGCGUCGAGCCAUCGCCAAGCCUCUGCCUGGUGCCUACCCUCUUGAUGAUAUCUCAUUUGAUGAUCAUGUUCCCGCCACCGAGCACGACAUCGACCCGGCUGACGCUGCAGCCUCGACGAACCAGACCACCACCGUCGGUUCAGAAUCCAGCACCGCCUUUGGCAAAGCCUUCAACAAUGUCGGCAAUCUCAUCACAUCUUCCCUUUCAUCCAACAACCGCAGCGAUGCCACUUCCUCAAACACCAACAUUUCUUCCAACGGCCAGACGGCUCAGUUGUCAGGAUCUUGUUCCACGCCCAGCUUGCAGAGCAUCAACCAGACACCUCUUAGUCUGAAGAGGAAGCGUGCAUUCAGUGCAGAUUCGGAAGAAGAAGAUCUUGUUUUGCACCCGCGAAAGAAGGCUACGGACUCCAAGAAGUCAUCCAUCAAGAUCAAGAUCAAUGGCAAUCCUCUCCUGAAGAACAAGAAGCGCGAAGCCAAGGCAGCCAUGACCGCCGCAGACAAGGAACAGGACGAUCUUCCCAUGCACAAGCCGAAGAAGGCCGAUGACUCCAAGAAGUCACCCAUCAAAAUCAAGCUGACCUCCGAAAUACUAGCCAUCAAGUCUCGCUUUGACAAGUCGCAGCCUCAGCGCAAGCGCAUCGCUGUCACCACAAUCUCGAGCACCAACGAGAAGGAUGAAUCUUUGAACGCCCCGAACCGCAAGAUCCAAGAGAUCAUGGACCUCACCCACCCUGACGCGGCACAGAACAUCACGCAGGUCCAACUGGGCAAUGUCUCCGGAAAGGACCAUCACAGCCAAUCGGAUUUCCAGACAUACCGCGAGUCGGAAGAGCGCCCCAGUACUUCGUCCUCUGGCAGCAGCGAGCAACGCAAGACCUCCCGCGAGACAGGCAAGCAGCCUGCUCUUCUCACUACCAACAACGGCUGGGACACACCACUCAAGGUUUCCGAAUCAUCUGAAGAAGGCCUUGAGGAGCACGUUGCGAUCACAAAAUGUAACAUGAAGAACACGAAGCCCGUCAAGACACGCAACGCCAAGGUCAAAUCGUUGGAGGAGCUCAUGAAGCGCGCCACGGUCGGCGAGGCCGAAGAUCUACAGAUUUCCAACAGCCGCACGGAUUUGCGUGAGGAGGAGCUCGAAAAGCAGCGCCUUGCAAAAGCCGAAGCAAUGCGCAAGGCCGAAGAAGCGGCGGCUGAAGCCAGACGCAAGGCCGAGCAGGAGGAGGCUGAGGCCAGGCAAAGGGCCGAAGAAGAGAAGAGGGCGGCGGAAGCAGCAAAGUCAGAGAGGAGGCGCAAGCUCCUCAGCCAAGGGCCCUCAGCCACGGAAAUGGCGGAGAUUCAAUCCGCCCUCAAUGGGCGCGACCCGAUGGCAGAAAUCUCGAGAAACCUCACAAUCCGGGACCUGGGGACUCUCGUCCCCAGGACGAGCUGGCUCAACGACUCGCUCGUCAACAAAUACCUGGAGGAGCUGACGAAGAAAGCCUGCGAGAAGGCAGGCUACACAGAGGCCGACAGGAAGGCCGGCAAGGCCCCACCCUACCAGUUCCUCCUCUCAAACUGGUGGGUUGAGGUGUCCAAUAAGGGGAUCAGCAAGGUCCUCAGUUGGAACAGAAGGAGUAGGCUUCACGAGGGGCGUCUGCUCCUCGUGAAGGACCUUUUCAUACCAAUCUGCCACAACUCACACUGGCGAUUGGUGGUCGUCUCGGGCACCGAGCGGACUAUCACGUACUUCGAUAGUCUCGCCGGCAGGCCCGCCCCUUUCGUCGCCAAGACCCAAGACUGGGUCAAGGCGACGUUGGGUUCGGCUUACGACGAUGCGGAGUGGCGCAUCGUCGACGGUGGGGACCAGCGCUCCCCGAGGCAGAGCAACUCCGAUGACUGCGGAGUGUUCACGCUUCAGAACGCGCGGGCGGUGGCGUACGGGCUGGAUGUCGAGCCCAACCUGUACGUCACCUCGACGGAGGGGAUACUCCGUGUCCGCCACCAGAUGGCAGCCCAGCUGCUGUCUGGUGGUUUGGACUGGGAAUAA